UGACCUUCUUCCCAGCAGCAUUAACUCUUCCUGCAGGCAGCUCAGCCACCUUCUUCUGCAAUAUCUCUGUGGAGAAUGACUCUGGCUUGGAGUACAGCCUCAACUGGUACAAAGACUCCAACCACAGCCAAGGCCAAAAAAUUGCUGAAAUCACCCGGAACAACCUCCAGACAAAGACGGAGAAGUACCUGCUCACAAACUACACUCCUGUCUUCAAGAUGGAGAUCCUGAACCUCCACCAGAAUGACUCAGGCUCCUACUACUGUGGACUGAUUGCCUUCUUUGAACCUGAUAAAGUGAUAGAGAGCAACAGGUCCCACCUGGUAGUCACAGCAGCCCCUGAGAAGACAAAUGACACCGAGCCCGAGAUGAAGGAAGGCAACCCCCCAGAAUCCAUCAAGGCUGUACUUCUAGGUAUCCUUCUGCUGGCUGGAGCUGUUGUGCUGCUGAUCUUUGGCUACCUCACUGUCAUGUACAGGAGAGGAGAUGUGCAGAAACCACCAAGUGAAAACAGACCAGUGACCAAAGAGAAGCCCCCCAUGGUGCCUGUGUCCACUGUGGAUUACGGUGUGCUGGAGUUUCAGCGGGACCAGCAGGCCCAGUUGCCCCUUGAGCCCCGGCUCGUUGACCAGACUGAAUAUGCCACCAUCAUCUUCCAAGAGGAGAAACCCGUCACACCGGAGCGGGGCAAGAAACACCAGGACGAGAGGACUUGGCAGCUGCAGUUGCAGUCCUGCUGA